AUGGACAAUUUAGACAGUUUUGAAUUUGUAUCUCUUGCUCUGGACUCAAAUAAAAAACCUCUGUUAUUCAUCAACCUAUAUGUCCAAAAAUUCCUGGCAGAACCCCUUAAGACCCUCAUUGACUCUGGAGCCACAUUGAAUUUCAUUUCCCCCUUGAUUGUGGAAAAAUAUAAAAUCCCAAAAACCCAACUCAAAAAUCCACAAGUUGUGAGAAUGUUAGAUGGUACAAUUUCACAGACUGGUUGCAUAUGGCACCAGGUUCAACUUGCGGUCUUGGCCAAUGGCCAUUUACAUUCCAUCCCUUUCCUUGUUUGUCCCAUUGGGAAUACCCCGGCUAUCCUAGGCAUGACAUGGCUAAUGGCAGAAGCUCCCCUCAUUGACUGGCAACAGGGAUUGAUCACAUUCCUGGAGCAAGUAAAAAUUGCCUCUGAGGAGGAAGCAGACUUGGACCCCCUAGCAGAUCUUCCCCAACAGUAUCACAAGUUUGCCAAGGUAUUUGGCAAAGAGGAGUUUAAGGUCCUCCCCCCACACAGGGAGUAUGACAUUGCAAUUGACCUGAUCCCCAACGCUAAACUCUCUCCCGGACCCAUCUAUGGCAUGACUGACGCAGAAUCCAAGGCCCUGAAACAACACAUCAAUGAGGAACUGGCAACAGGGAAGAUACGCCCCAGCACCUCUUUGGCAGGCGCCCUGGUCAUGUUUGUCAAGAAGGCAGACAGUUCUCUCAGACUAGUGGUAGACUACCAAAAACUCAACAACGUCACGCAUAAGAACGUGUACCCUCUCCCCAGACAGGAUGACCUAAUGGCAAAACUAAGGAACGCAAAGUUGUUCACCAAACUAGAUCUUUGUUGGGGAUAUAACAAUGUCAGAAUCAAGGAAGGAGAUGAAUGGAAAACGGCCUUCAGGACCAAAUAUGGGUUGUUCAAAUACCUGGUUAUGCCCUUUGGUCUUACCAAUGCCCUGGCCGCCUUCCAACAUUUUAUGAAUAACUUGUUCCGUGACCUCAUUGACGUCACAGUGGUAGUUUACCUGGAUGACAUCCUCAUUUUCUCAGAAGACCCUGAGAAGCACCUGGAACAUGUUAGAGAGGUCCUAUUGCAACUAAUGAAAAACCAGUUGUUUUGCAAACUCUCUAAAUGUCACUUCCACGUCACUACAGUCAAUUACCUUGGCAUUGUCAUAUCCCUGGCUGGCUUCUCUAUGGACCAGAAAAAGAUUGAGGCGGUUACAUCAUGGCCCCAACCUAAAACAGUCAAGCAAGUCCAGGCCUUUCUAGGAUUUGUGAACUAUCUCUGCAGAUUCAUCCCCAACUUCAGCUCUGUGGCUUGUCCCCUUCACAACCUCACAAAAAAGGAAACCCCAUGGUCAUGGGGAACCCAAGAGGAGGGAGCUUUUCAGGAAUUGAAGUCCCUAGUCACCCAGUCCCCGGUUCUGAUCCAUUCAAAUCCAGCGCUACCUUAUUACCUUGAAACAGACGCUUCAGGAGUAGCAAUGGGGGCAAUACUUAGCCAACAAGGUCCAGAUAACUGGUUACACCCAAUUGCCUACAUGUCCAAGUCAUUUUCAGGAGCAGAAGCUAAUUACAACACCCAUGACAAGGAGCUCCUGGCAAUCAUUAAGGUGCUGAAAGAAUGGAGGAUAUUCUUGGAAGCAACAAACAAGCCCAUACAAGUGUUCACGGACCAUUGGAAUCUGGAGUAUUGGAUGCAGGCUAGAACCUUCAAUUGCAGACAUGCUAGAUGGCGCAUUUUCCUAAGCAAUUUCAAUUUUGAGAUCCACUAUUGCCCAGGGAAACAGUCAGGAAAACCAGAUGCCCUCUCCAGAAGAUUGGACUACACAGACCUUCCCUCAGAACCAGAAGUCAUGUUACCAUCCAAGCUCAGGGAAGAUCCGUCCCUCAAGCCUAUCAUCCAGUUCCUGACCAAGGACACUGACAACGCUCCACUCUCUAUUAGGAAGGCCUACAGGGAUUAUGAUUGGGAAGAGGAUCUCCUAUGGUACCGUGGUAAACUAGUUGUCCCAGACUCCAAAACCCUGAAAGAGCGCCUCCUGAGGGAAUUCCACAACUCUCCACUAGCCAGACACCCUGGUCAGCAAAGAACCCUAGAACUCCUGAACUGCAACUACUGGUGGCCAGGAAUGAAAUCAUCCACCAAGGAAUGGGUGGAGUGCUGCCCCACCUGCCAGGCCAAUUGUUGCGCCCAUAACCCUGUGAUUGCCUUAAAACCCUUAGAAGUCCCCCCAUUUCCUUUUCACACAAUCUCAUAUGACUUCAUCACAGGGUUCCCUAAGUUGAACAGGCAUGAUGCAAUCCUAGUGGUUAUCAACUCCUUCUCCAAAUUUGGACACUUCAUCCCAACUUCAAAAAAGGUCACAGCAAGAGGUCUGGCAGACCUAUUUGUCAGUCAUGUCUGGAAACUGCAUGGACUACCAAUAAAAACAGUCUUGGACCGCGGAACAACGUUCACUGGAAAAUUCCUAAGGGCUCUUUACCAACGCCUUGGGGUCAAACUGGCCUUCUCUUCAGCCUAUCACCCAGAAUCAGACGGGCAAACUGAGAGGGUGAACCAGUUCAUCAAGUUCUACCUCAGAGCUUAUGUCACCACUGAUCACUCAGACUGGGCUACCUGGUUACCACUAGCGGAGUAUGCUUACAACAACGCAAGACACUCAGCAACUGGGAAAACCCCCUUUGAGUUAGUUUAUGGACAAAACCCAGUCAUGAACCCUGCCAAUGUCCCUGCCAACAUACCAGAAGCAGAUGCAGUAGCAGAAACCCUAGCCUGGGAGUGGAAAGAGGCCAAGUCAGCCCUGAGAAUGAGCAAGGAACAAAUGGCCAGAAAUCAAGGAACAGUACCGGAGUACUCAGUAGGCAAAAAAGUAUGGUUAGAUGGAAAAAACGUGGAACUUAAGACCAACUUGAAUAAAUUGGACCCCAAACAACUUGGUCCCUUCAAAGUCAUUGAGAAAAUCUCUAGCCACGCCUACCGCCUAGAGUUACUGGAAACCCUAAAAAUCCAUGACGUCUUUUACGUUGGCUUGCUAUCCAAAAGCCACAAAUUGCCAAACCAGCCAUUCCCAGAACAACCUCCUCUGUCAUGA